CCUCACUUCCCAAAACCAGGAAUAAUGUUUCAAGACAUAACAACUCUGUUAUUGGACCACAAAGCUUUCAAGUACACUGUUGACAUCUUUGUUGAUCGAUACAGAGACAUGGGUAUCUCCGUUGUAGCUGGAGUUGAAGCUAGAGGAUUUAUGUUUGGUCCUUCGAUUGCGUUGGCAAUUGGUGCAAAAUUUGUUCCACUGCGUAAACCAAAAAAGUUGCCAGGGGAAGUUAUCUCUGAAAAGUAUGAGCUCGAGUAUGGUACUGAUUGUUUAGAGAUGCACCUUGGGGCUGUUCAACCCAGGGAACGUGUGUUGGUCAUUGAUGAUUUAGUGGCUACAGGGGGGACCCUAUCUGCAGCAAUAAGGCUUUUAGAACGUGUUGGGGCUGAAGUAGUUGAAUGUGCAUGUGUUAUUGGGUUGCCAGAGGUCAAGGGAGAGAGCAGGCUAAAUGGAAAGCCACUAUAUGUCCUUGUUGAGCCUCGCCAGUAGACAAUUUAUGUGGGUUAUCUACUAGGAGCUACCUACAAUGGAGCAGUUAUGAACACUUGGAUGGUUGGCGUCGCCGUUAUCAUCAAAUCCUCAUUUUGACCUGGGUAUCAGGUGAAUGACUUGGUGAUUAUUCCCAAAGACACAAGUACUUCAACGGUCAGUAAAGGGCGAAGAUGUAAAACUAAAUAUGAUUAGAAGGUGUUCAAACUAUGUAAACUAGGGUUUGAGAAGUCAUCUGGUCCACAUCGGCCACCUAGUGUUACAAUGCUUUGGUUAACAAGCAGCUAGGUUUCAUUUUUAUUAUCCUAUUUUUUUUUUCUUGGCAAGGUUUGUUCAUGGUACAGCUUUCCUGUAGAUUUUAUUUGUACUAUGUUAAAUCUGUACAAUAUUUUAAACGAAACAUGAAUAUUUUGCUUUGGAAAUAUGUGGUGAUUUGUUUUUCAAAA